AAUAACCCUAAUCAUAUCCGGGGAAAAGAAAAUUCAGAAAACUGCAAUUUCGUCAUGCCAAGUGGAGAAAUGGAGAAGAAAGAAGAUCUAAACGAACGGAUAGAAACGUUUAUUAAUGAGACAAAACAAGGGCUGACACAAGGUUCCUAUGAUGUUGCAUGUAAAACUGUCAAUUUGCUUAUGCGGAUCAUCUCACUGACAAAAUGGUCGAAUGCAAAAGAAUUAAUGGAAGUAAUUCGAGGAGAAGGAAAACGUUUGAUGUCAGCAGAAGCAACAGAAACAGUUAUUGGUAACAUGGUGCGGAGAAUACUCAAAAUAAUCCGUGAAGAGUAUGCAAGGACCUCUCAAGGACGAUCAGAAGAAGGUGACCCACAGGAAUCACUUCAUAAACUGCUGUUGGCUGAGGGUCAAAUCGAUGAUUACAGUGUAUAUAUUCCAACAUUAAAAGCCUCAAUUAUAGAAGCUAUUGGAGAACUCAGAUCAGAGCUUGAAACAAGUGCUGACAACAUCGCCACACAAGCUCUUGAGCACAUUCACUCAAAUGAGGUUAUUAUGACAGCUGGAAAAUCAAAAACUGUUGAAGCAUUCUUAAAGGAUGCAGCCCGAAAGAGGAAGUUCCAGGUGAUUGUCGUUGAGUGUGCUCCCUUCUACCACGGCCAACAGCUUGCUGUAAGUCUAGCCAAGUCUGGUAUCGAGACAACAGUCAUCACAGAUUCGGCGGUGUUUGCCAUCAUGUCAAGGGUCAACAAGGUCAUAGUUGGCACCCAUACAGUCAUGGCCAAUGGAGGGUUAAAAGCCAUCAAUGGGAGUCAUGCAAUUGCCCUCGCUGCCAAGCAUUAUUCUGUUCCGCUGAUUGUCUGUGCAGCCAUGUUCAAACUCUCCCCUCAGUAUCUCUGCUCAUAUGACCAGGAUGCCUUCAACAAGUUUGUGAGUCCACACAGUGUUAUGAAGUUCUCCGAGGGUGAGAUCCUAGCAAAGGUCCACGUGCAGAACCCAGUGUUUGACUAUGUCCCACCAGAACUUGUCACUCUUUUCAUCUCAAAUAUAGGAGGAAAUGCGCCAUCUUAUGUCUACAGAUUAUUAAGUGAACUGUAUCAUCCAGAUGACCAUGAACUUUGACCUAUGAACACAGUGUCAUGAUGACCUAGUGGGAUCUGUACAGCUUGUUGUGUGAGCAGGAAGUAGUGGAACAACGGCAGUGUCAGAUUAUACCGAACCAGGAAACAGUUGGCUGGAUGCAACAUGUGAAGUCUUAUAAUUAUCAAAUCAUCCCACUGGAAUGUGUUGUGUAAUCAUUUGACUUUUGCUCAUCAGCACGUUUAAAGCGGGCAUAAAGGAAAUGUUUAUCGAGGGAUUUAAAUGCCUGUUUUGUGGAUAUCAUGUUGAUGCUGGAUUCUGGUCAGAUUAUCCCUAAAUAUGAUAAGAAGUCAUUUAACAUGUCAAUAUGACUGUUUUUAUAUAUAAAUGAAAUUUGACCCUAGGUAGCAGACACUCUUUUAUAAAACAAUAUAGCUCUUAUUCCCAGCCGGUGUUUCAGAUUACUUCUUGCAUGCAUGGGAGGCUUAACAAUAUAUUGAUUUCUUAUGACAUUGUUAGUGAACAUGAAUACAUCAUCAAACCAAA